AUGGCAAUGGCAAUGGCAAUGGCAAAGGCAAUGGAAUUAGACGUCUCCUACGUGCAUUCUCACGGCCUGCAUGGCCGUGGACGAGCAUCGCCCAUCGACGACGCCAUGCUGGUUCAACCGCUGCUGACCCAGACUCGGCAUGGCCCUCGCAACGCAGUCAUCACCACCACCACCACCGACUCCACGUCAGCACGGGAUGUCGACUCUAUUUCCAAUGUUUCAGCGGUGUCACGGCGUCGGCCGCCCGUCUCUGGUUUAUUCGAGAACCUGAGCACAGCCCGCCGCGAGCCGGACGCAUGUCUGAACCGCACCAGCUCAUUUAAUCCGGUGGGGGAGACGCGCCGACGCAAACAGAAACGUCUCGUGAAAGACAAAGACGACGCCCGGCAGUUCCAUCUCGACCUCGACCUCGGCCUCGACCUUGACCUUGACCUCAAUCUCGACCUUGACCUUGAUCUUGACUCGGGCUCACAACAGCACCACAACGGCGGCUACUCUUCCACAACCUCUGUCUCUCCCGUCUCUCCCUCGUCUGCCCUCGACAGCAACUGCUCCUACUCCGUCUCCAAGUUGUCGUCGCCGUCGCAAGUCAGCAGCCAUGACGAGGACAUGCUCGCAUCUAUAGACGUCCAUGCCACAGCCGCCCUCAUGGCCACCGAAUUCGAGGAAGCAGGCAUCACGCCUGCAGCACUGCCAAAGCCGUGCUCGUCGCCAUCACCACCAUCACCACCAUCACCACCAUCACCACCAUCACCACCGUCACCAUCAUCACUAUUGCUAUCCUCACCGUCGCAAUCACAAUCACAGUCACAAUCACGGUCGCCACCGACUUGCCCGUCUCCUGCCCCUGGCUCCAACACCACCACCACCACCACCACCAACAACAACAAAGACUACACCACCACCGCCAUCACCAGCUCCAGGCUGAAGCACAACAAUAGUAACAAUGGUGGCAUCCAGCAGCAGCAGCAGGAGGAGCAGCAGCAACAACAACAACAACAGCUCGAAAACCUAUUAUUAUCCACCACCAGAGUGGGCAAGGUGUGUCUCGUGCGCCCCCGCGCGGGGCCGUUCGAGGGUCAGUACGUCGCCCUGAUCACCACCACGGCCGUGCAUGCUCCCAACAAUGGGCUCAUCACCUUGGUUCCCCAGACUGAGCGCGACAACUCCCAGAGACAAAUCCAGACCCUGAAAACUGCUGUCGCCGAAUGGGGCUCCGACUCCCGCCGCCCCGAUGUGUGGAUUCUGCUGCAGUCCAUGGCCACGAAUGCCGAUGGCGAGCCCGAUGCCAGGAAACUACAGACGUGGGUGCAGAAUAUUGGUGAAGAGGUCGAAGAGAAGAUCAUGACCACGCAGUUGGCCAACCAUUGGAGGGGUGCAGAGCGACUACGCAAACAAGGGAGCCAUGUUCUGGUCUCACAACCAUCACAACUGCCGCCACAGCCGCCACGACGUCACCGUCAGCAUCAUCAUCUUCGCCCUCACCACCAUCGUCAUCAGCAUGUUUAUCCUGUGCGCCCCGACUCAUUUGUUAGGCCUGACCUGGAGAUUGGUUACCGUGCCAAUGACCCCGUACAGCAACCUCCGCAGAGCCCUACCCCUGACCCCGAACGAGAGGUCUACUUCCCCCUGGCUGUUAUGCAGCAGCUCUUUUUCAGGUCGUCAGUGGACCGAAGCGCCGAGGCGUCUGUCAUCACCGGGCCGGAAUACCGCUUCAGCCAGAGCAUCCUUUUGAAAGUAAGGGUUGAUGUGGCCUUGGCGGACAUCGAGGCCGCCGUGAGUGUUUUGGUAUCACGGCAUUCCAUGCUAAGGGCCCGAUUCAGACUGACCAGCCAGGGAUGGGCACAAGUCAUCGCCCCAGAGUCUAACCGCGCGUACAGAUUUGAACACAGAUAUAUCAACAGCGAUGACGAUCUGCUAGCUGUUAUUGAUCAGGCGCAGCGGUCGUUGGAUGUCUUCAACGGUCCCGUCUUUACGGUCAAGCACAUCAGAAAUACCGCGAACAGACAGCUGCUGUAUCUUGCCGCUCAUCACCUAGUCGUCGACUUGGUCUCGUGGAAGAUCUUGCUCCACGACUUGGACGACCUGCUUAGAGAGGGAACACUCGUCUCUGAGCCCUCCAUACCGUUCACAUACUGGACAGACUAUCAGAGCUACGAGAAUAGCCAGAGGUUGAUUGAACCAAACCUGCCAUUCGAAAUUGGCCCGGCAAACCUGCGAUACUGGGGCUUGGAGGGCCACUCCAACUUGUACGGAGAUACUACCCAUUUGAAAUUUGCGCUUCCGCGCGAUGCGGCCUCUGCCUUGCAAAAGACGUGCAACAACGUCUUCCGAACCGAGUCCGCAGACAUCCUCCUCGCUGCAUUGCUAUUUUCCUUUCGUCAAACAUUUCCCGAGCGCUCCAUCCCUACCGUCUGGAAGCAAGAGCAUGGCCGAGAUGCUCGCAACGGGGACUUCAAUGUCACAGAGACGGUUGGAUGGUUCACCACGCUCUGCCCCAUCAGUGUGCCCGUCCAUCCUGGCUCGGAUUUGAUCCAUCUCGUCAAGAUGCUCAAAGACUCCCGCAAGGCGCUCUCGGAACACGUCGCACCGUACUUCCAGUCGAAACUCGCCGCCGAUGACACGGCUGCUACCUCCUUGCCCGUAGAAAUCAUGUUCAACUGCGUCGACACUCUUAACCAACUACAAAGAAAGGACGGCAUCUUGGAGCCCGUUGCCGCUCCCGACCGCGAAGUCCGCUCCUUGGCUUCCGAUGUAGGACCAGAGGUUGGCCGCAUUGCCCUUUUCGAGGUUUCGGUGGGCGUUGACGAUUACGGUGCAAGGGUAGAGUUCUCCUUCAAUAUGAACGCAAGGCAUCAAGAUCGCAUUACAGAGUGGAUGCAAAAUUUUGAGAAUGCCAUCUUGGCCGUCAUCUCUCGCUUGGGGGCCAUGGAGCCUGAACUGACGCUUUCAGAUGUCCCUCUCUUGGAGACGUCCUACGAGGCAUUGUCGAGGCUGAUGACGAAGCAGCUUGUCGAUGUUGGCAUCAGUGGAGUUGAUAAUAUUGAGACAAUCUGCCCCGUUGACCCCAUUCAGCAAGAGAUACUGGUCGCCCAAAGCAUUGACCCCAACUGCUUUCACGUCAGUCGCACGUAUGAACUCGCCACGGUCGACGGGUCAGAAGUUUGUCGAGACGCGCUCUGUACCGCCUGGCAGACACUUGCCGCCACCCAUUCCGCCUUGAGGAGCAUCUUCGUCGAUAGUUUGUCGGAGAAGGGACUCUUUGACCGGAUGGUCCUGAAGAAGACGUCACCCGACAUGCUGUUUAUGGAUUCAAACGAUCCCAUGGAGACUCUCUCAUCACUGCCCCCAAUGAAGCCAUCAAAGUCCAUGCCGAGACACAGACUCUCAGUGAGUCGGUCAAACAAGACAGCGUACCUGAGAAUUGAUUGCAGCCAGGCACUCUGCGACUUGACUGCCAUUCACAACUUGGUCGUUCAGCUUCGGGAGUUGUAUAUGGGCAGAAAACUGGUCAUCGCUAGCCCUCCACCUCCUCGACCGGCCCGCCUUGUAGCUUUCCUCGACGCCCCUGACAACGUUGAAUCAUGGAGAUCUCAUCUCAACGGAGCGACACCAUGCGCUUUCCCUCGCCUUGCCAUCCAGACACAAAGACGUCUCGAGUCGAGGGGGAUCAGUCUCGACAUCAGCCGGUACCAGCUCGCCAAAUUCUGCGACGAUAACCAGUUGGAUCUGUCUACGGUAAUUCGGUUGGCUUGGGCAUUUGUCCUUCGAACAUAUGUUGGAGAAGACCGCGUCAUUUUCGGAUACUCGCAUGCUGGUAGAGAUGCGCUUCUCAUACCCGAGACGAAGCGUCAUGUCGGCAGCUUGGCCACAUUUGUGCCCUGCAUGGUUGAUUUUUCACCCAUGUCGAGUAUACUUGAUAUCCUUUGGCAGCUGGAGAGAAUGGCAAAUGAUCUUCCGGCGGCGGAUGCUCCAACUCUGGCCGAGAUCGAGCACGCGCUUGGCAUCCAGGGCCAGAGCCUCUUCAACACCUGCGUGACCUGUCAGGAUGUUGAUGACGCCACCCUGAGCGAUUCUGACUCGGAUAGCGGCGUCUGGGAGCCGGUUCUGCUGGCCAAUACCAUCGAUGGCAACUGCGACGUCUCGCUUUGUGUGACGCUUCGCGACGACCGCAUCCAAGCAGACGUGAGCUACUCUUGCCUCUCGCCGGGCCAGCUUCACAACGUCAUGAACACCUUCCAACGUGCCCUGCAGAUCAUCAUCAACUCCCCUGCGCAGCACUGCUCAAAAGUCGACCUCUUCACUGAGCAUGACUUCCAGCAGAUUAUGAGCCCGGACUGGGAAGAGGAGCAGACGGACACCAAGAUCUCGGCAUGCCUGCACCAGCUCAUCCUCAAACAGUGCGAAGCUCGGCCCAAUUUCCCGGCCAUUUAUGCUUGGGAUGGAGAGCUUUCCUAUCAGCAGGUCCAGGUGAGCGUCACUGCACUAGCCACGUAUCUCGUCAACAUUGGUGUUCGCCCCGGUGUUCUCGUUCCCAUCGUCUUGGAGAAGAGCCGGUGGUCCCCGGUCAUUAUGCUUGCCGUGAUGCAAGCAGGCGGCUGCUGCGUCUGCUUGGACGCCCAAGACAUGGUCAUGGUUGAGGCCAUGAUUGACCAGCUGGCACCGGAACUUGUGGUUGUCACAGAGGGCGCGUACAGACACUUGGACCUUUCCGCCAGGCCUUUCGUCUUGGUCAACGAAACCUUCCUGUCGUCUCUCCCACCACAGGUGAGUGUCAAGUUGAACGAACCCCUUCCUCAGCAGGCAGCUUUUGCCUUUCUCGCUCCGGGCCUCGAGAAGCCCAAGGAAUGUUUCUUCACCCACGAGUCGCUGUGCUCGAUCCUCUCGGCUCAGGGACCAGCCCUCAAGAUACACAAUGGCAGCAGAGUACUUCAGCUCUCUGCUUAUACCGUCGACAUUGCGCUCGUCGAGAUUUUGGGUACAUUGCUUCACGGGGGUUGCGUCUGCAUUCCCAAUGCACUGGAGCGCAUAAAUGACCUGGAGGGCACCAUUGCUCGCAUGGAUAUUACUUGGACUUAUAUGACGACGGUUCUGUCGCGCAAGAUCAACCCAGCCAACGUGACGAACCUGCAGACCAUCUGCUUCCGCACAAGAAGUCUCGACGAAGACGCCUUCAAGCCGUGGCUUGGCAGCAGGGACAUUCUGCUCGCUUACGGCGCUCCGGACGUGUGCCCGCUCGCGAUUUCGGUGUUCAACAUUGCAGAGUCCAAGGACACCAACAUUAUUGCUCCGCCGCUCCUCGGUCGCUUCCUCAUCCUGAACCCUGAAGAUCCAAAGAAGCUGAUGCCUCUCGGUGCUGUUGGUGAACUGGCUAUUGACAGUCCAAUCGUAACGCCUCACAAGUACAUCCACGGCCGUCCCCCCAUGGAUCCGGCGGCUUUCCAGCAGGUUACUGGCGAACGAAAACGGCGCUACCUGAGAACAGGUCAUCGCGUGCGAUACCUGGACCGGGGGCACAUACGCUUCCUCGCCAGCAUGCGAGAUGAAGUCCUGGUCAACGGAUCUCCAGCUGUGACUGCCGUCUUGGAACGACAGAUUCGACAGUGUCUCGGCGGUGAUUUAGAUGUUGCGGUGGAACCAAUCACCACCAAUGAUCACGUCAACUCGCUCGCGGCGUUUCUGGAGUUCGGCGACCGCGAGUUUGUUGGACCGUCAGAGCUCGACAAGUUGACGAUGCAGAUGAGAUGCAAGCUCACUGCUGUGAAAUGGCUGGCAGAGACGUCCAUGGCUCAGGCCUCAAGGCUUGGCCACGCAGCUGGCGUCCCCAAGAUCUUCAUUCCCGUCCGUCGGUUCCCGCUGUCCACGUCGCUCAAGAUUCAUAGACGCAAGUUGCAGAAGAUGGCCUCUCCGUUUUCCUACGCUGAAUUGCUGGAAUUGGCCAAUGUCCCCUUUAGCGGCCAGCCUCAUUUCACGGGGAUCCAGAGUAAACCGCUCCCCCUCACGCGCACUGAGGAGUCGAUGCGUCUAAUCUGGGCGGCCGUGCUGCACGCCAUGGUCGCGGACAUCAAGACCACAGACAGCUUCCUGGACGCUGGCGGGGACAAGCUUUUGGCCAUGAGGCUCGUUGUGUCGUGCCGCCAGAAUGGUUUCGACAUUCCAAUCGACAAGCUCCUCGACAAAGUCACGCUGACGGAGAUUUGCCAAUCUCUGGAAAUCAAAGACCACCACCUCGUCAAGACAAACAAGCCCAAGACCUCCCCUAAACCCAGCGUCGCGGCUCGCAAGCUACCCGAAGGUACGGACCACGGCUUCGUCAAGCUCAUUGUUGCGCCGCAACUUGACAUCCCCUGGAACGAUGUCGUCGAUGUCGCUGAAGCAUCCUCGCACCAGCUCCAAUGCCUGGAGUCCAGCCUCUACGGACCCAGAAGUGACAUUCGCUGCCUCGUCAUCAGUUUCAACGGCUCCAUUCGUGCGCAGCGGAUCGAAGAAGCAUGCGAGGCCCUCACCCGCCUGCACCUCUCCCUCCGAACCGCCUUCGUAGUCCACGACUGCAGCCUGUUCCAAGUUGCCAUUGACUCGUUCCGCGCGGACUUUGAGCGGAAGUCUGUUUCGGCGUCAUCUGUCGACAAGGAGAUGCAGCAGGUUUUGAGGCGUUUGCAGAAGGGGGCGCUUCAGCUCAGAGUGCCCGCCACCAAGUUUGCCCUGUUGGAUGCCGGACAGCACGGCGGCAAGCUGAUAAUCCGAUUCAGCUACGCCCAAGUCAGCGAGUCUGCUGUGCCACGAUUGGUGCAGGAUUUCGUCAAGUUGUAUGAGCACCCUGCCACGGAGCGUCGCCGAACCACGUUCUUCGACUACACUCGGGCCUUGAGAGGCGCUCGAUACGACGACAGCAGGGCCUACUGGAGGCAGCGGCUCGAAAAGGCCAGGGUGGCUCAGGUUGUCCCCCGUUCGAGGCCUCUUCCUCCAGUGUCCGAGGCCAAAUUCUUGCGCGAGCAGGUCAAGAUCUCGUCGCUCACAGACUUCAACAUCACGUUCGACUGCGUCCUCAAGGCCGCUUGGGCCAUGGUCAUGGCCACGCUCUCUGGCAACCCGGACGUUGUCUUUGGAGAAGUCGUCGAAGGACGUCGCCUCAAGCUGGAGACGAGCGUGGACGUGUCGUCCAUCGCGGGUCCCAUGGAGAACAUCGUGCCCGUUCGGGUGCGAUUCCCCAUUGUCAACAGCUCGCCCUUGCAGGUUCUCCAGCUGAUCCAGCGAGACAGCGCCGCAUCUCUCCCCUACGAGGCCAUGGGCGCGCAGAAAAUCGUGCAGGAAUGCACGGAUUGGCUCAGCUGGUCGCGGUUCAGCACCGUCGUGCGACACAGGACCCAGGUUCCCGUUGACGGGUCCACGACGCUCAACAUUGACAACACCACCUUUACCUACAGCCUCCUCCAGCCGCAAGUCCGGGACAUGCCCGACCUCCUUGUCAGUUCGACCAUGCUGUCGCCCGACAAGGUCUCCCUCUGCAUCGAGUACCCUCCAGGCCGGGUCCCCGAGCACUUCGCACAGGCAGCCAUGGCGCUCCUCGUCGCCUCGGUCGAAACGCUCGCCUGCUACGACACCAUCAGCCAGCCCAUUCUCCAGCCGUCGAGCGACUACGAAUCCAUCACGCCGCGUGUCCUCCCCGAGAAGCCCGAGCCCGACGUCGCACAGCCCUACUACACGCACUGGCUCUCCGCCGAGCAGCGCAACACGCUCCAGCAAUUCCUUGUGUCCAGCUGGAACGAGCUCCUCCACCCGCGCGUCGCAGCGCAGGGCGUCUCCGAAACCGAGCUCAUGCAGUCACGCUUCUACGACAUCUCAGGCUCCCUCCUCCCGGCGUACCUCUUCGCCCAGCGCCUCAACCACGACCUCCGCAAGGUCGAGGUCGAGGGCAUCCACACGGUCCGCAUGACGGCCGUGGAAGUCAUCAACACGCCCACCAUCAGCGGCCAGAUGGACCUCAUCGCGCGCAAGAUGCAGCAAGCGGGCGUCCUCUCCAAGCCGGGCCGCAAGAAGCCCGUCGUCAGCUUCCACCCCGGCUUCGCCCCGCCCAAGGCGACAUCCUCCAACUGGGCGCUUCUCAACAAGGGAAAAGGCCGCCUCCGUCGCCUCCGCCACGGCGGCAGCCACGGGUCGAUGAAGGACUUUUCCGCAAAGGCGGGCGACUGGGUCAAGUCCCGGGUGAACCUCAGCAGAGAGCGCAGCCCCAUCCUCCCAGAAGGCGCCAUUCGCGAAUCAAGCAGCUGGGAGGCCAUCAACAACGACCCCGCUGGCGCCAGGGACGGCGCCGCCGGCGGCGGCAUGCUGUCGGUGCCGGAAGGGGCUGUGGAAAUCGGCUCGAGCUCCCUCGUCGGCCAGCGACGUCAGGCUGCCGGCGAGGUGAGCCCUCUGAGCGGCGGUUCGCCCAGGACGAGCUGGAAGGAGUCGUUGCGGAAUACGAGUGGUUCUACGGAGUACAUCUCCGUGAUUGUGGGAUGA